GUCUUCCUCCAUUUUGUCAGGAUGAAGAAUUCGUUUCCGGGUUUUCCAGCAAACGGAGGAAAGAAUGGGAAAGGCUCGUCCGGCUAACUAGCUGUGGGGACAGCCGAUAGCCAGCCUCUUAACCUCGGCCACUGCGCCAUACAAUCAGGCAGAUAUUGGGCCAGUUGGGGUUUUUUAAUCCGGUGUCUCUGACUAGUUUCAGAUGGGCAACAGACUGCGACUUUCUCCGUUUUUCAGAUAGUGGGGACGAACAGGCUGGCGGUAGCUAGCUGGCUGCAUGGCCGACGGCACAAUUACGAGUUACGAUCGCAACAACAGCCGAAUGGAUGGGCAGUAAAGAAGAAGGCAGCGAUAAUAGCCGUUAAAUUCCCGUUUAUGCAUUUAUACAACUUGUUGUUCAUUGACCAGCUAGCUGCUGAAGGCUUUUGUCUCAAAUCGCACCGCUGAUCUUUAAUCGAUGUUGUUAUCUGAGGCGACGGACUGCCGAUCUUCGCUCCCGACUAGGUUUGUGUGUGGACAGAGACACGCUCAGGUGAAACUUUGAAGAAGCAACGUGUACAGGAUGCCAAUUCCUCCCCCUCCCCCACCGCCCCCUGGAGGACCCCCCCCCCCUCCCACAUUCAGCCAGGCAAAUACUAACCCGCCAAAACUGAACCGCGAUGAAGCUAAAGGUAGAGAUGCCCUGCUAUCAGACAUAUGCAAAGGGGCCAGGCUGAAGAAGGUUGCUGUUGUCAGUGAUAGGAGUGCACCAAUUAUUGAGAAACCAAAGGGAGGAGGCGGCGGCAAUGCUGGUGCGAUUGGAGCUGGACCGGCAGCCGGGAAGCCAAUGGGGGGCUUAUUCCAGGGGGGGGUCCCUAAACUUCGGCCAGUAGGAGAUGGUACAGUGGGAAGAUCAGCACUACAGCCACCUGGGUCCAAACCUUCUGCUCCGCGCCCAAAUGUGACCAGCACUUCUUCUGGUUCCGGGCGACAGGCUGACAGCGAGAUCGCUAGCUUGCGGGCCUCUCCUCCGGAGCCUCCCCGCUCCCACAGGCCCUCUCUCCCUGAUAUAUCCCGGCCGCCAAGUUCUAGCAGCAAUUCUGGGGGGAUGAAACACAGUUCCUCUGCCCCACCCCCACCCCCACCUAUAAAUCGUCGUGGCAACGCACCCCCUGCUCCCCAGCAGAAGGCUACUGCUCCCCCCUAUAGCAGGGAAAAACCGCUGCCCCCGACCCCUGGACACAGAGCGCCACCUUUGUCAGGCCGGGAUGCUGCUCCACCUCCUCCAGUCAAACCUCCUCCAUCCCCGCUCAACUCUUCCCGACCCACAAGUGGAGUGGGCUCUACCUCCCUCGCACCACCUCCUCCACCCUAUCGGCAGCCCCCUGGGGUCCCUAAUGGUCCAUCCAGCCCUAGUAAUGAGGCAGCUCCUGAGCUUCCACAGAGACAUAAUUCCUUGCACAAAAAGAUACCUUCUAGCGCCCAGCCCCGAGCCCAGGCACCUCCUCCACCACCUUCUCCAUCUACUCAGAGCAGCCGACCUCCCCCGCCAGCCCGAGAACCACCGGGACGUGGAGCAGCUCCACCAGUGCCGCCUCCUGUGAUGAGGAAUGGUGGCCGGGAUGCCCCCCCUCCUCCCCCGCCGUACAGAAUGCAUGGCACUGCUGCUCACACCACUACUGAGCCUCUUACCCGAGGAAAACCCCCACCCCCCCCUUCACGAACCCCUGCCGGGCCCCCACCACCUCCACCACCCAUUCGCAAUGGACAUACUUCCAUCUCAAAGUCCUUCAUAGAUGAUUUUGAGUCAAAGUACUCUUUCCACUCUAUGGAGGAAUUUCCACCUCCAGAGGAAUACAGGCAUUUCACAAAAAUCUACCCCAGUAAAACAAACAGAGCCGUGAUGAGGGGCGCCCCGCCAUUACCACCUGUAGGAAGGUGAAAACUGUGACAGAUCACUAUUGAUACACAGGAGAUAAGGGUUACACACACAAAAAAAAUACACAGCAUAAACAUGUAACUACCAGCCUGUACCAUGUCAUCCUGCUCAGUUUACUUGACCAACCCACUGACACCUGUAUUCACUCAUAUUUCUCUUUCUGGCACAAAUCCUUUAUGACUUUGAGCAUGGCCCUGCACUUAUUCAUCAGUGGAAUGUGAUAACUGCAAAGUCAAAGAAAUUCCAGCAAAAGGACAAGACCAAACUUGGGCAAUUACCCACACAAAAAAAGUAUAAUCGCCAUGCAUUCCAUCUCCUUUUUUUUGGCAUGAAAAGAAAUGCAACAUGACAAAUAAGUGGCCAAGAAUUUUUAUUUUGUUGAUUUAAAUACUUACUUUUUUAUUGUGAGCAGUCAAGAUUCCAGGUGAAUGGAAGAGCUGUUUAAUGGCUGCCUUGCCUUCUGUCAUUCCCAUGCUUGCAAUGAUAACCAAACUUGCCAGGAACAACGACUUUGAAUGAGUGCAAUAUUUUGAGAGGGGAAAUUUGGGAUGAAAAUUCACUCCUUGCAUGUGUUGGCAUGUACUGUUUAAUUUUUUCAGUUUGUUUUAUUGAUACCUGUUCCCCUAAGUUUUAUUUUUGACAAUACUGGUCUCUGCAUGCACAGUCCGAGUUCAUAAAUUUCUCAUCUUUGCUGGGGAUGCAGAAUAUAUAGCAAUAGUGAUGUCGUGUUUCCUCUCUGCUGUGCAAAUAUUCAAAUCACUGUUGCCUGGGUUGUCUCAUGGUAACUUUUCACUAAAGACAGUUUUUUUCCCCCUUUUCUGAAAAUGGUGCCCGUUCUUUUGAAGAAAACUACAGAAGCGAAUGGAAAAGUCACUUGUCACAACUGUUUCGUUCGAUUAGGGUGUACAAAACUGAAACCUCCAUCUGUUGACAGAUGCUCAUUCAGGCCAAAUGUUUUGUAGAUGAAACACUGAAUUCUGUCUUAAGGUACAAGCUAAGGUUGUUUUUUUUUUGGGACUUAGACAGUAUGUUGGUGUUACGGUCAUAAGCUUUCACUGUGGCAAACCAGUCUUCUCACAGAAACUUAACACUUGUAUGCAUUAUCUUUCAUGUGUUAAACUGCAUCUCCAAAUUUCAUGAAUUUGUAUGAAUGGAGCCUUAUUUUUAAAACUGAUGAAGAUCUAGCUUUAGCCAUACGAUGUGCCAGUAAUGUUCCAAAAAUCCACAUUGUUUUGGAUGACACAAACUACGAGCUUUGCCUUUUUGGAUGUGGGGUGUGGCUUGCGAGUGGUUAUUGGAAGAGUUGACAGUUUAUUUGUUUGAACACGAAUCUUCAUGCAUUACAAAACCCGAGUGUUUAGACUGGUGAAAGAGAGCAGUCUGAUAGCUUUUGGUACCAGCCAGCUGAUGGGUACAUUAUUAUUGUUGUCCCUUUUUAAUUUAAGGUGCUUUUGCAGUACUUGCAUCAUCAAAGUCAGUACAAAUUUCAGAAGAGUUGAUGCUGCCUGUUAAUGCUUAAAAAUUAUGUAUUAAGGUGGAUUUCAAACAAGAGUAAUGGCAGUUUGAGGCAACGGUACCCUUUAAAAUGUAUCGAUACUUUUUUUGUUUUAGGAUCAAGAGGAAAAUGUAAAUCUUUCCUUAGCAAAACUUGAAAGGCAUAAUGUGACAGAAUUACAUUGGUUUUAUGUUUAAGUGUAAAGCUCCUUAAUUUGGCCACUUUGCCUAUGACAACAAAAUGCAAAUAUAUAUAUAUAUAUAUAUAUAUAUAUAUAUA